AGAAUAGAACUGGCAGAUAAGCAAAAAUGGGAUAUACAUGGCGCAUUUUAAGAUAAUCGUACUAGAGUAUUCUAAAAUACGCAGAUGUCUUUUUUGGGGUUGACAUAAAGCGGCAAGAAACCACGUUAACAACCCUCUUUCUUUCUUUCUCUCUCGUUUGGCUCCAGAGGUUGCACUUGCAUCCCAUUAAACUUACAGGUUUUACCGCUCUAUUCAAUUCAUUAUCAUACCUGUUUCAAUAGCAUCAAUUUGCCCUAAAUUUGUAGAAAUUUGUAGAUGCAGUUGUAAUAAUCCCAUAACCAAAUAAAUUCUAGGGUUUCCAUGGAUACAAACCAUACAAUAACAAAUCACUUGUGCCCUUUUACUCUUCGUGCUUGGUGUGUGCUGAAUGAUUGUAUUACGGUUGUGAAUUGUUAGUAGUAACUGUAAUGAGGGACGUUGAGAUACCUAAUUGGCUCAAAGAAUUGCCAUUGGCACCUGUAUUUUACCCAACCGGCACCGAAUUCGCAGACCCGAUAGCUUACAUCUCCAAGAUUGAGAAAAAAGCUGGUGCCUUUGGUAUAUGUAAAGUUAUCCCACCGUUGCCGAAACCUUCGAAAAAGUAUGUAGUUUCCAACCUUAACAAGUCCCUAUCGAAGAGUCCGGAGUUGGGGAGUGAUGUAAAACUUAAUAAUGCGGUAAACAAUGGGGAGGUUCGGGCUGUUUUUACGACGAGGCAUCAAGAAUUGGGUCAUGACGGUAGUAAACGGGCGAAAGAGGUUGUCGCAGGGUUGGGUCAACCGUCUCCUGUUAUGGUCAAUAAGCAAGUAUGGCAAAGUGGGGAGGUUUAUACGUUGGACCAGUUCGAAUCCAAAUCCAAGACGUUUGCUCGAAACCAGUUGGGUAUGGUUAAAGAUGUUUCUGCGUUGAGUGCAGAGUCGCUGUUCUGGAAGGCAUCGUGUGAAAAACCUAUAUAUAUCGAGUAUGCUAACGAUGUGCCGGGUUCGGGAUUUGGAGAACCCGUGUGCCCGUCUAGGUUUUUGCAUAAGCGUAGGAGGAGGAGAAGGACGUUUAAUAGAUACAAUAAAGAUUGUUCUGUUGUAACGGAACUGCUAGAUAAUACCGGCAAUUGUGACAAUCAGAAAGGUGAAUCUAUAAGGUGUAGCCCUAGUUUGUCGGUAAAUACGUUAAAGAAAGACGCCGAUUCGGUGAAUAAUUUGUCAGACAUUGAAGGGACUUCUGGAUGGAAGCUUUCUAAUUGUCCUUGGAAUUUACAAGUAAUUGCACGAUCGCAUGGAUCUCUUACGCGUUUCAUGCCAGAUGAUAUUCCAGGUGUCACUUCUCCUAUGGUAUAUAUCGGCAUGUUAUUCAGCUGGUUUGCAUGGCAUGUUGAAGAUCAUGAGCUUCACAGCUUAAAUUUCCUUCACAUUGGCUCUCCUAAGACAUGGUAUGCUGUUCCUGGCGAUUACGCAUUUGCAUUCGAGGAAGUAAUUCGUUCAAAGGCUUAUCGUGGUGACAUAGGUCGGUUAGCUGCACUAACACUCUUGGGAGAAAAGACGACUCUUCUAUCACCGAAAAUUGUUGUAGAAUCGGGUAUUCCAUGUUGUAGGUUAGUACAGAACCCAGGUGAAUUUGUAGUGACUUUUCCGAGGGCUUACCACAUAGGAUUUAGCCAUGGUUUUAAUUGCGGGGAAGCCGCUAAUUUUGCAACUCCACAAUGGCUUUCGGUAGCAAAGGAAGCUGCAGUACGCCGAGCUGCAAUGAAUUUUCUUCCUAUGCUUUCACAUCAACAGUUGCUUUACCUACUAACAAUGUCGUUUAUUCCAAGAGUGCCUAGAUCCUUGCUCCCCGGGAUACGGAGUUCUCGUUUGAAAAAUCGCCAAAAAGAAGAACGUGAGCUAAUGGUUAAGAAGGAAUUCAUUGAUGAUAUUUUGAAGGAAAAUAAGUUAUUAAAUAGUAUUCUUCGGAGAAAUUCCUCUUACCGUGCAGUUCUGUGGGAUCUUGAAUCACUGUCACCGUCUGUUGUUAAACAAUCUGAUGAUGUCACCGAUAUUGAAGAUGUUCGUAUUCAGAAAGAAGAUUUAUAUUUGGACCCCGAGACACUUGCUCAUAUAGAAGAUGAUGACAUGUCGAGUGACUUCCAAAUUGAUUCCGGGACGUUACCGUGUGUGGCUUGUGGCGUUCUUGGUUACCCUUUUAUGUCGGUUAUACAGCCGUCGGCAAAGGUGGUUAUUGAUGAUACAACUGUCACGAGUCAUGGUGAUAAAGGAUGGAAUAUGUCUAACGGGUAUUUAAGACCCCGAAUAUUUUGUUUAGAGCAUGCUAGUAAAAUUGAAGAGUUGUUGGACUCUACGGGUGGAGCAAAACUGCUUAUAAUAUGCCAUUCAGAUUUUCAGAAAAUUAAGGUACAAGCUUCAACUAUUGCGGAGCAGAUUGGUAGCGCGUUCAGAUAUAACGAGGUUCAAUUCGACGAUGCAACACGGGAUCAUUUGGAGCUGAUAAAUCUUGCAAUUGACAAUGAGCAAGACGAGGAUGAACCCGUAGAAGAUUGGACGAUGAAAUUGAAUGUUAAUCUUCGUCAUUCUGUUAAGCUCAGGCCUAAAUUAUCGACCGACAAGAUACAUCAUGCUUUGUCUUUGACUAUGGAUGCAUUAUUUGCUGACACAACCCCCACCUCAAGCGUUGGCUCGUCUGCAAGGAUUCUUAAGUGGCAGCCUACAAAAUCCCGGUCAAAAAGAAAGUCAAACCGUUCAAUCAAGAAAUUGUCGAAGGUUGAAAAAGAUGUGGAGUUCAAAGAGAAGUUGCCUGAGGCUCAUAUGCUUAAAAAAGAAGGGGGUCUAAUUCAGUAUUCACGAAGAAUCUUCAAGUCAAAACCACAAGAUCCGGUAACGAGUCUCAGCAAAAGUACAAAUAGUUUUGUGGUAACCAAAACCGAUCGUGUAACGCAGGGUAAUGACGAAGAUGGUUUGAUGCAAGAAGGGUCUGAAUUGACCAAGAUGAGCGGGUCCUCUACUGAUGAACGCGUGACUGAUUCUAAUGAUACGGUAAAGAAAAAUGACCAAAGUACCCCUGUUCCAGGCUCAACAAGUGGAAGUAAAAGGAAGAGAGAAUUGGAGUUAUUGCAAAGAUACGAGCAAUCCGGUUUUGACGGAUUUAUAAAAAGCCCAUGUGAAGGAUUGAGACCUAGAGGUGGUAAAGAGUUGCAUAAAGGUGGGAUAUUUAUCGACACAAAAACAAUCCCCGAGAAACCCGUAAAGAAAUCAAAAGCUCCCGAUGUAACAGGAAAGCCCGCAAAGCAACCGAAGGCUUCUAAUGUUAGAAUCCCGGGAAAAAACGAACACAGGGCCCACAAGUGCAACCAUGAAGGUUGCAAAAAGAGUUUCAAGACUGAAACCGAGCUAAGGUUGCAUAGAAAGAACAGGUGCCCCCAUGAAGGGUGUGGAAAGAAGUUCAGUUCACACAGAUAUGCGGUGCUGCAUUUUCGGGUCCACGAGGAUAGCAGGCCUCUAAAAUGCACUUGGAAAGGUUGCAAGAUGACAUUUAAGUGGGCCUGGGCUCGGACUGAACAUUUGCGGGUCCACACCGGAGAGAGACCGUACAAAUGCAAGGUUGAAGGGUGCGGGCUUACCUUCAGGUUUGUUUCUGACUUUAGCCGACACAGAAGGAAAACCGGGCAUAUUGUAAAUGUAAAGUCCUGAAAUUGUUCGGUAACAAUGCAGGAGCGAAGUAUUAUGUGCGAGUUGGUGUUUUUUUGGAAGUUUAUUUCUAUAGUUAGGGUUAGAAUAGUAAUUUGUGUAGGUAGGGACUAUUAUUAAAUAUCGAGUUAAGCUGAUGCAUCUAGAAGUUCAGGAUUCAGAUUCUUUUGUAGUUUUGUUGAAUUGCUUGUGUACAAUACGCAUGUGUUACUACCGGUUUAAUUGAUCGCUGAAUACCACGCGUGUCUAAACAUGAGAUUGAAUGAUGAAUGCGAAUCGAAAUAUUGA